UAGCAUAAUAGGAUUUGUUACUGAAGUCCAAAUAAAGUAGAAUAAGGCAAAGUAUCUCUAGUGUCUUGAUGUUCCAUUUGAUAGUACUUCAGACAAGUUUCACAAGGGAGGUGGUUGAGAUUACUAAUCUUUAGUACAUGAACCAAGCAGUAGAUAUUUUAUUUGUCAUAGGAAGUAAUUUUGGCCCAUAAAGAAGGAGUGGAGACUCUUUAGUAGAAGAGAGUAGUUCCUUUUUAGUAGAGAAACAUUUAUGACAAUAAUUUCUUUGAUUUAGUGCCAGAAGCUUUUUGAGAGGAUAUUCAAAGCUGUGUGGGUCUAAAUUUCAUUGUUGAAAACUGAUAGCUGCUAUACUUCUUUUUAAUGACUGACUGAAACUCUUUCUGUUAUAUCUCCUAUUGCUAAAUUCCUAAAGAUUAAAAAAGUGUAUUUAUAAUAGUAUUAUGAGACAAAAGCUUUAGUCUUUGGAUUGGAUAAUACUUCUUUUGUGAUAUUUUCUUUUCCCACCAAAAGUGAGAACUGAAUGCCUUGCCUUCGUACAUCCCAUUUCUAAUGGAGGACAAGAAGUUAUUUUCUUCAAUGGCUGACUUCCAGAAUUUCUGGCUGAAUGUUCUUUGUCAAGUAUAUAUUCCCUUCUCUAGGCCUUUCUAUAUAGAGCCCACAAACAUCGUCAGUGUGAAUGAUGUCAUUCAGAGGGUUAGCGACCAUGCCUCUGCCAUGAACAAGAGGAUCCAUUACUACAGCCGGCUCACUGCUCCUGCAGACAAGGCACUGAUUGCCCCAGAUCAUGUAGUUCCAGCUCCAGAAGAGUGCUUUGUAUAUAGUCCAUUGGGUUCUGCUUAUAAACUGCAAAGUUACACUGAAGGAUAUGGCAAAAACACCAGUUUAGUAACCAUUUUUAUGAUUUGGAAUACCAUGAUGGGAACAUCUAUAUUAAGUAUUCCUUGGGGCAUAAAACAGGCUGGCUUUACUACUGGAAUGUGUGUCAUCAUGCUGAUGGGCAUUUUAACACUUUAUUGCUGCUACAGAGUAGUGAAAUCACGAGCUAUGAUAUCAUCAGUGGAUACCACUACCUGGGAAUAUCCAGAUGUCUGCAGAUACUAUUUUGGCUCCUUUGGACAGUGGUCGAGUCUCCUUUUCUCCUUGGUAUCUCUCACUGGAGCAAUGAUAGUUUAUUGGGUGCUUAUGUCUAAUUUUCUUUUUAAUACUGGAAGGUUUAUUUUUAAUUUUAUUCAUCACAUUAAUGACACGGAUGCUGUACUGAGUACCAAUGAUAGCAACCCUGUGAUUUGUCCAAGUCCUGGGAGUGGUGACCAUCCUGACAAUGGCUCUAUGAUUUUCUAUGCCAAUGACACGGGACUCCAGCAGUUUGAAAAGUGGUGGAAUAAGUCCAAGACAGUGCCCUUUUACCUCAUAGGGCUCCUCCUGCCACUGCUCAAUUUCAAAUCUCCUUCAUUUUUUUCAAAAUUUAAUAUCCUAGGCACAGUGUCCGUUCUCUAUUUGAUUUUCCUUGUCACCUUUAAGGCCAUACACUUGGGAUUUCAUUUGGAAUUUCACUGGCUUGUGCAAACAGAGUAUUUUGUACCAGAGAUAAGAUUUCAGUUUCCACAGCUGACUGGAGUGCUUACCCUUGCUUUCUUUAUUCAUAAUUGUAUUAUUACACUCUUGAAGAACAACAAGAACCAAGAAAACAACGUGAGGGACUUGUCCAUUGCUUAUAUGCUGGUGACAUUAACUUACCUCUAUAUUGGAAUCCUGGUUUUUGCUUCAUUUCCUUCACCACCAUUAACCAAGGAUUGCAUAGAGCAGAAUUUUUUAGACAACUUCCCUAGCAGUGACAUCCUGUCCUUCAUUGCAAGGAUAUUCCUGCUGUUCCAGAUGAUGACUGUAUACCCACUCCUAGGCUAUUUGGCUCGUGUUCAACUAUUGGGCCAUGUCUUCGGUGACAUUUAUCCUAGCAUUUUCCACGUGCUGAUUCUUAAUCUAAUUAUUGUGGGAGCUGGAGUGAUCAUGGCCUGUUUCUACCCAAACAUAGGAGGAAUCAUAAGGUAUUCAGGAGCAGCAUGCGGCCUGGCCUUUGUAUUCAUAUAUCCAUCUCUUAUCUAUAUAAUUUCCCUCCGCCAAGAAGACCGUCUGACAUGGCCAAAGUUAAUCUUUCACAUUUUUAUCAUCAUUUUGGGCUUGGCUAACCUGAUUGUUCAAUUUUUUAUGUGAAAUACUCAAUGUCUUCUCAGAAUCUUUCAUGGCAUUUUGAACUUUGACAACAGUUCCACAUAAAUUGACUUAUAAAUGCUGUUGUUGCUAUAAUUCUAAAUGUUUUCCUAAGAUAAUUUGAAAAAAAGGGGUGGGGGGAAUAGUGGUCCAUGAAUAAGUAAUUUUGAUUAGAGUGGAGAAAGGGGCAAGAAGAAUGAUCUUUGUCUCACUUCAUAUGCACCACCCCUUCAUUCUCAUUGUCUUUUCUGAGUAGAAGUAUAUGCCCUUAGGAAAAAUCAUGUUGGUUUUUUAUUUUUACAGAUAUAAGGUGGGUGGGUUUAUUUUGACUACAGUGAAGAUUCUCAGGGUAUCACAGCAACUAUUGCCAGAUGCUAUUUCUGUUUUAUGUUUCAGUGUAUUCACUUUCAUUUUAUUACUUGCUAGGCCAUUUCUGCAGUUUACCCAAACAUGUACUGUUUGGGACAGUAAACCAAAUACCUCAUUUGUAAAAAGAAAUCUCCAUGGCAUCAGUGUUAAAUGAGUGAACUCUUAACUGCAUCCUUAAUCUCUAUUUAAAAGAGAGAAAGAAAGAAUGUCAGUACAGGCUCUUUGGUCAUGAACCUUACACAAAAUAUUAAUGAACUGGGAGAGCUUUUUGAGUCUGACUUCUUUUUUCUCAUCUAGUAUUAGUAACUUAGGUCAAAAUUCUAGCUCCCCCAGCCAGAUUUUGCAUAGGAACCAGUAUGAUUAUCCCCAUAGACCCAAGAGGGCUCUUUUGCUUUUUGAAUCCCUGAGCAUUGCAUAGGAUAUCAUGACAGGACCAAUGGGGAAGCAUGUAGGAAUCAUGGCAGAGAAUGUUGGGUACGUGAGUCCCUAUAGGGAAGAAAGGAAAUGGAGAAGGGGCCAGAAGAGUGAGGCCUCCUUCGUAGCAUAUUGUGAGGUGUUGGAAGUGUCUCUUUACCACAGGAAGGGACUAAUUGAGGUAAGACUUCCAAGAAGGGGACCACCCCCCCAUUGCCUUACUUCUUAACUGGCAUGGUUAGAGGUUAAAUCCCCAUAAGAAAAUCUCCUUGGAUCUGAGAAAAGGAUUAGGGAAUCUGAAUUCUUGAAAUUAACUCUCUCUUCUUUUUCACUGAAACUAAAGUCUAAACCAGAAUUCAAAUCCAUAUCUUCCAUGUAAUACAGCCUUCAUGUUCAGCUUGAAAAGUUAGAUUUCUCUGACUUUAGGCUAACGUUAAAAAGUGUAUUUUGUUAGUACACAUCCCACAUCACAGGAUAAUGUGUAGAUUUAUGUUACUUACUUCUUUUGAGAAAGACAGACAAAAUGGUUUUUGAAAGACAGGUGAAAUGGUCUUUUUUAAGCCUAGUAAAGAACCCAAGAUUUGAGACCAGCCAUAAUUUCUUUCAGGAAAGCUUUCUGUCCAUUCCAUAGAUAGGUAUAUGGAAAAAUUGUGGUAUUUCUUAAAAUAGGUAUUUUUUAAAAAGUUCUCUUUGUAAAAGUCUCAUGAAAAUUUGAAGGCAUACACAAAAGUAGAGAAAAUAAUAGGAUAACCCUCUCACAUCCCCAUCCCCUAUACUUAGUAAUUAUAAAACUUAUGCUGUAUUUGCUUCAUCUAUCUUUUUUUCCUUUUCCACUGUAAUAUUUUGAAGCCAAUCUCAGACAUUAUGUUACUUCAUCUUCACGGUAAUUGGAGCCAUUCUCAAAAGUUUUUGUUAGCAGAAACUGCUGGUAGAAGUCAGGUUGAUUAGAAGAUUCUACAUUAAGUAUCUGUAUCCCAAUGUUAACCUCUUAGAAUAGAGUAUACGUAUGGAGGAAAUGUCUCUGUGCUUGGGAUCUCCUGCAUCUUUGUGACCUCAGUCUCGUUCAGUUAGAGACAUAGGAAUCAAAAGCUACAUAGCUCCUUGAGACCCACGUUUAAUCCCUGUUUAUCCCUAGUCACCUCCCUUAUCUUUGAAAACUUCAGAGACAAUUUUCAUUGCCUCUUUUCAGUAAUGUACUUGAAUGUUUUAACACAUGGAAAAAUGACUUGGUAUAUUUUUGUCCAUGUAAUGAUCAAAGUGAAUAUGACAAUGCAUUACUUACUAAAUUAAAAAGCAAUGUGGAUA